CUUAUUCUUAUAACGAUAUGGGUCUUGCUCAGUUCCCAUUACUUGUUCGUCGUUGGAGAAGAUCCACUUUGUAUUAUAGUGACUAUGCGAAAUAUUCUCAACUAAGAGAAUAUCUACCAGAAGACAUAUUCCUGUCCCGGGUUACUACUAUCAAUAGACAUGUCUACAGAGAAUAUCCACACGUUUGGAUAGAUACGUAUGCCUUCUUGCUUGCUGUCACAUUUGUUAUUGCCACUGCAGCCUUCUCUGUGAUUGCCCGUGCUGUUGACUUGUCAAUGUGGUAUCCUCUUAUCCUGUUAAGUGUACCUGCUCUUGUUGCUUUCUUUACCACAAGAAGAAGAAACUCAUAUUAUAGAAGAUUAAGUGAUUACUACGAUUCACUACAAAGUUGUUUAAAAGAACUCAAUUCGCUUGAUGUUACUCGACAAAUCAAAUGGGAUUUUAGAAGAGUACGAGAAAGUGACACAUCAGCCUCAAUGCAUCUUAAAGGACGAUUAGCGAGAUACAAUAUCAACUGUGUGAUUGAAGUGGUACAGAUCAAUAUUGAAAAUGAACUAGCUCAAGAAGGAGAAGUGUUACCGGCUUAUGAUGCUUCUGCAAGAGACACUGUGCUUGCUAUUGGACCUGAAAUAGAACAAGCGCCGGGUAAUCGAUCUAGCUACAUGACACAAGGGCCAGGGAAUGGUUUUCCACCACCUUAUCAACAUGAAAUAAUUGAAAUGGACUCUGUUCAGCAACCACCACCCGCUUAUUUGACAGAAGAGGCUGUUAGAGCUCCUCCUAACACAAUUAGUUCUUCUGCUGAUCUCACUUGAUAAUACGCACACACACACACACACACACAUACUGCUUGUAUUUUAUUGUAUCAUAUUCUUAUUUAUUCCUCUUGUACUAUAAAUCGUCUG